UGUUUCCCUACCGCAACCAGCGCAAGAAGAAGAAACAGAAGCGGAAGUGGUAAGGGAGAGGACACGAACAUUAUCCGACCAAAUAUAUACUAAGAUGGGAGACAGUGAUGAUGAGUACGACCGCAGGAGAAGGGACAAAUUCAGACGGGAGAGGAGUGACUAUGACCGUUCACGAGAGAGAGAAGACAGACGUAGAGACGACUGGAAUGACAGAGAGUGGGACAGGGGCAGGGAACGACGUAGCCGCGGAGAGUACCGGGAUUAUGACAGAGGCCGCAGGGAGAGAUUCACCCCGCCCAGACACGACAUGAGUCCUCAGCAGAAACGCAUGAGAAGAGACUGGGAUGACCAUGGUGGAGAUCCUUACCGUGGGGGGUAUGACUUGGGUUAUGGCGGUGGUGGUGGUGGUGGAGGAGGAGGCGGCGGAGGCGGAGGAGGCGGAGGAGGAGGAGGAGGAGGAGGAGGAGGAGGGCCCAGCUAUGGCCCACCACAGCAUUGGGGCCAUCCUGAUUUGCACCUCAUGCAGCCUCAUCAUGGCAUCCCCAUUCAGGCGAGGCUCGGUAACCUCCAUGACAUGGAUCUGGGUCCAUCCCCUCCCAUGAUGAAGAGCUUUAAGGAGUUCCUGUUGUCCUUAGAUGAUUCUGUGGAUGAGACUGAGGCAGUCAAACGCUACAAUGAGUACAAGAUUGACUUCCGCCGGCAGCAGAUGCAGGACUUCUUUUUGGCUCAUAAAGAUGAAGAGUGGUUCAGGUCCAAGUAUCAUCCAGAUGAGACCAGCCAACUUAAGGCAGAGGCCCAGAGUGCCCUGCACAACCGUCUGAAUGUCUUCACCUUCCUGAUGGAGAACAGCUGGUUUGAUAACGUCUCCCUGGACAUUGAACAGACCCCAGUCAUCAUCAAGGUUCUGGAUGCAGCUGUGAUAAAGAUGGAGGGAGGGACGGAUCAUGAUCUGCGCAUUUUGGACCUGCCAUCUGAAGAGGAGGAGGAGAGGGAGAAAUCGGCAUCUGUUUCAGGGGGUGGAGAACCUCCCAAGAGAGAAGACCUCAAGAACUUGGAUAGUGACCGCAAACCUUCAGUAGACAAAGACAAAAAUGAGAAGGAGGAGGGCGACUCUGCCAGCACAGAACGAACUGCUGCAACAGACGGGGGGGAUGUGAAAGAGGAGGCAGAGAAAUUUGCCGCCAAGGAAGAAAUGCCUGAACCCAAGAAACUGAGAAGAAAGCGGAAGCGCAGUGGAGACAGCGAUGAUGAAGGUACUGCCUCAGAAAGUGACUCUGAUUCAGAUUCAGACACAAAUUCCAACUGCUCAGAUAAACCUGUGAAGAAGGAAGAGGUGGAGGACAAGGAAGAGGAAGAGGAGGGUGAAGAGGAGAAACCAAAGGAGAAUGCUGAAGAGGACAACAAAGAAGAAAAGAAACCCAAAGAUGACUCUCCCAGACCGCGGCCUCUGCACAGGACCUGCUCCCUGUUUAUGAGGAGCAUCGCUCCCACAAUUUCCAAGGCUGAGAUUAUUGCUCUGUGCCGGCGUUACCCUGGCUUUCUGCGAGUUUGCUUGUCUGACCCCCAUCCAGAGCGCAGGUUUUUCAGACGUUGCUGGGUGACAUUUGACCGUAGCGUCAACAUCAAAGAGGUUUGCUGGAACCUUCAGAAUAUUAGACUGCGAGACUGUGAACUGGCUCCAGGGGUGAACAGGGACCUGGCCCGCCGGGUGCGUAAUAUUAAUGGCAUCACUCAGCACAAGCAGGUGCUCCGCAAUGACAUCAAGCUGGCUGCCAAGCUCAUUCAUGCCUUGGACGAUAAAGGAGACCUGUGGAGCAUGAAGUCCCAGGAAGAGAGGCACAGAGAGCGCACAGAGCUGCCGGCUCAGAACCCCAUCCUGAAGAACAUCACAGAUUACCUGAUCGAGGAGGUGAGUGCGGAGGAGGAGGAGCUCCUGGGUUCCGGGAGUGGGAUGGAUUCUGAGGAGACCGCCAAGGAAGGAAACCCUGCAGAGACUACUGUGGAGAGGGAUGACAAACUAGCCAAGGUUUUGGAUCGUCUGGUCUUGUAUCUGCGUAUUGUUCAUUCAAUCGACUAUUACAACACCUGCGAAUACCCCAGUGAGGAUGAAAUGCCCAAUCGCUGCGGCAUGAUCCAUGUACGUGGACCCAUCCCUCCUAACCGCAUCACACAAGGAGAAGUGCAACAAUGGCAAAAGAUGAUGGAGGAGAAGCUGAGUCCUUUGUUUAGUUCAAAAGAAAUCCUGUGUGAGGACGAGGCAGGGAAGAUGGGCCGCAAGGAUCCUGAGGAGGAGGUGGAGAAAUUUGUGAAUGCCAACACUCAAGAGCUGGGAAAGGACAAAUGGCUCUGCCCAUUAAGUGGCAAGAAAUUUAAGGGCCCAGAGUUUGUACGGAAGCACAUCCUGAACAAACAUGGGGACAAAAUUGAAGAAGUGAAAAAGGAAGUGGUGUUUUUUAACAAUUUCCUCAUGGAUGCCAAGAGACCGUCGCUGCCAGAGAUGAAACUUCCUCCUCUUCCAGGCCCAGGUUUGCUUUCUCCCACCAUGCAAUUUCCUCCGCAAGGUCCUCAGGGUCCAAUGGGCUUUGGACAGCCUCGUCCACCACUCAUGGGCUACGGUGGUGGACCUCCUUACCCCCCAAACCAAUACGGAGGAGGCAGAGGCAACUAUGACAACUUCCGCGGACAAGGUGGCUACCUGGGGAAGCCACGCAACCUCAGGUGAGACCACUAAUGUCACGCGGUGAUCCACGCAACAUCAUUGAAUACCGUGACCUGGAUGCACCGGAUGAUAUGGACUUCUUUUAGGAUGUUCACAGUCGUCGCUCGUUAUAAGUGUUGUGUUCUUGUUGCUUUUUGUAGCAAUUAGGUUCUUUUUUUUCUUUUUCUUUUCUUAAGUAUUUUGUUUUAUAAGUAUUGUGCAACAAGGACAAACUUCUGCUGUAAACUGAUUCCUCAAUAAAGUUGUUAUCAAUCUACAUUAA